CCUUCUAACACAGUCCAUGAUAAGAACAUUUUCCCUCGUCUGUUUUCUUCAAGUCUUGUCUCGUCAAUAACAUUACGUUAGACACCCGAGGACGUUGUCGAGCGCCUAAGAACUUUCGUUCCGCACUCGUCCGUCGUCCGCCAUUCGUGCACCACCAUGAAUAUCCUGCCGAGAUUUGCGAGGAACAUCAAAUCCGGGUUGUUCAACUUGACCAAGAAGAGGUACACCACUCCGAGCGCGACUCCAGCUAACCCUCCGUCGCCGUCGAUACCACCGUCGCCGUCGAUACCACCUUCGUUCGAAUCAAGUAAUAAUAUUUCACUAACCAAGAUGCAAAAGUACAUGUGUGUUUGGGCUAAACGAUAUCCAUCAUUUAAUGAGGUUCCGGAACUGGUCACUCCUGAAGUAUGGAGUAAAGUUCGAUCUAUUAUACGAAUCAAAGCUGCCAACUAUACAAUGGUCCUAAUUCUUUUGGGCUGUGUUGGAAUGAUUGUAUCAGGUAAACGAGCUCGUGAACGUGGUGAAACGAUUAUGCAAAGAAAUUUAGAAUGGCAUCAAAAGUAUACUGAAGGUAAAGACGACGUAAAAAACAUUGGUGUGUUUGGAAAAUAGAAUUGAUUUUAUAGGAAUAUCUAAAGUAAGAUAUUUAAAAUAAUAAACAUCAUCAAUCAUUUGUA